UUUGUAGACCUCACAAUUCGUCUCCUGUCAUCAGCAGAAGUAGUUAAAGUGCGUACAAGCGAUUGAAAAAAAUUAAAAUUUCCAUUGUAAAAAGUGUCGAGCGGUGCUCAAAGUGAUUGAAUUUUCUCGUCGAAUCCCGCCGUGUCCGUCAGUAGCAAUUUUCGACAGUUUUGGAAGCAUUCCGAGAGUGAAUUUCGCGUUGCAAAAAAGAAGAAAUUUUUCUUCACACUGCCCCACACAUCCCGGUUGCAAAGAUCAAGAUUUUCUUCUUUAAUGUUUUUUCCUCCUACUCAUCGCCACGGAUAGAGAGGUUCUCAUUUUGUGUGACCGCAUAGCAAACGACGACGAUUCUGUUUGUAUGUGUGUGAGGAGUUUCUGCUUUUUGUUAGCUAGAAUAAAAUCCUAAAGCGGAGUUGGAAAAACGCCUUCGUCAACUAAUUCUCUGGAACUGAUUGUUACCUGCUGAAAAGUUGAAGCAAAUAGUGAAGUGUGCUCCAUUGGUGUUCCGAGUCCUGGUGAUAGGAUUUCGUGAAUACAAUAGUGAUAAAGCGACAACAAAAGGCAAGAUCCGCGCGUCAGUGCUUGUGUUUCUCGCUCUCUCUGUGUGUGCGUGCCAGACCUAGUGGAUCGUGUUUCCGGUGGUAGUGCGGUGGAAAUACUCGCAUUUUUCCUUCAUUUUAUGAGGGGCAAUUGAAAAAGUAAAGAGCAGAGAUUUCCCGUUACAAAGUAGUGUGAAGACAUUAAAUCAUUUUCAGCCCCUGAUUUUUGCCCAAAACUUCACCAUUUUCGUUGCAAGGUGGAUUUUGUCGCCCCUGCGAUUACCUAUCACUCCGUUUCUCACCGCUAGGUAGUCGAACGCGAAAGGAAAAGAAAGAAGUUUCAGACUGCCAUUAUCCGAAAUUCCGCAAACGUCAUCUUUCCUUUUUGGAACGUACAGAAAAGAGUUUGGACAUUGCAGAGCGGCACAGUGAACAUCUCCAACCACCCGGAAGUAAUCGACAGCUAACAAUACAAUCUCCACAAGGACUAGGCUAAACAAGCAACGAAGCGCCAACCGUCUUCGCGAGGAACUCUGAUUGUCCCAUCUCUAAAGCUAAGCCCACCGCGUGACCACGAGCUAAACCGAGCUAUCUUUGGACUCGACAAAAUUGGACCGGUUGAGGUGCGCAAGCGGCUUCCACACUUUUUCGCUGAUGAAGAUUCUCUGGCAGCAUGAAUGCAUUGGGGGGAACUAGGGGGGAGCGCAAUGCAAAGCCCAAAUUCGCAGCGUUAGAUAUCAACAAACUAUACAGCACAAGUCGGGGAGAAUCUCUUGAACCAACUACUCAAAAAAGUGCAGCUCCUCGUAAACAUGGAAUGCAAAGCUUGGGAAAGGUUCCCUCGGCUCGUCGCCCACCAGCAAACCUUCCAUCUUUGAAAGCAGAAAUUUCUACACCAUCGGAUCAACAAGGCACUUGGGGUAACGAAUCGGGAGACAACCAGAACAACAAUUCUAGUAUUACCACUGCACCCGCAACAUCGUCAGUAGCAGCAAGUAGCACAAACAAUAACGCCACGGUCGGUACUACAGCAGUGCACACUUCCUACACCAGUAAUCAACAAGCCCUUCAUUCAAAUUCUACAUCCUCUUCUUCACAAUGGAAUUCGAACGAGUUCCCCUCUCUGGAUGGCACUGGUCAGUUUGGUCCGAGCAGCAAGCAGCAGCAGCAGCAGCAUCAUCUUCACCACGACGGCUGCGACGGGAGGCCGACCAAUCAGUACAUGGAUGGUCCACAGGUCAGUUUGAGACCGCAGACGGAUGCAGCCAGUUGGAUGCAGCAACAGCAGCAGAGUGCUGGUGGUGGCAACAGCAAUGCAGGUGUGAAUGGGCCAAACAACAGCCAACAGGGCCAGGUCCACCAACAGCAACAACAGCAGCAGCAGCAGGCACCAUUACCGCCGCAGUUCCGAUCUCUGAUGCCACAGUUCAUGUAUCGUGGCAGCGGAGGCGCAGGUGGAAAUUCGGUUACACCACCCCCAUCGAGUGAUGAGUCCAAUCGCGGAAGUUCUGGUGGGAAUGGCGGUGGAGGAGGUGUCGGAAGGAGUAACAAUAGUGGAUACAACAGUAUGCUACCAAGCUUCGUUCUUCCGUCAGCGAAUCAUCAGUCCCAUGGAUCAAGUUAUUCGCCUACCCAGUCUGGUGGAAGAUAUCGGGAUUCCUAUCAAACAGGACGUCGUGGCCAAACGCAACCACCUCGUCUGGCGAACAGACAACAGCAGCAACAACAGCAGCAGCAUCAUCAUCAACAGCAACAACAGCAGCAACAACAGCACCAUCAUCAUCACCAACAACAACAGCAACAGCAAGAUGAACAACGUUCACAACAGACUGGUUCACCAUAUGUGGAAAUGGAGGUGCUGAUUCAGAGACCGAUCAUCAGAGAUGAAGAACUCCAGCGUAUUGAAGCUAUUUCGAAGGAUGAAGGUUGGGCUAAGGAUGACGAGUUCGACUACAAUCAGAAGCUGCAAUUUUCAGACGAUGAAUCGGAACCGAGUCCACCGAAAGACAUUUCCCCGUUGGUUAGCAAACAUGAGAAAAAUCAAGCAUCAUUAUCCGCGCAGCAAUCGCAACAUCAACAGCAGCAGCAGCAGCAGCAGCAGCAUCAUCAACACCACCACCAUCAACAACAACAGCAACACCAUCAACAGCACCAACCGCCACAGCAACAUCAACAACAGCCACCACCGCAGCAACUUCAACAACAGUCUCAGUCGCAGCAACAGCAGCAGACGCCAUCAUCGCUGUCACCACCACAGCCUCCGCAACAAGUUCAGCAGUCACAUCAAGAAGACGAUAAACGUAUGGCCUGGAGUCGCGAGGUUGAACGUGAACAAGAAAGGCUUGAACAGGAAGGAAUUGAACACGAGCGCCAGGAACGCGAACGAGAACAGCAAUCGGUCCGUCCACCUCAGCAGAAUGGGCAUAUGGCGGGAGGCCGAGGUUUGGAUGCGGAAGCGAAGGAGCGACUGAAGCAACGUCGCGAAGAGGAUCAGAGGCGUGAGAUGGAGCGAAAGCAGGCUGCUGCGAGGAAACUACAGGAGUUGGAACAGAAACUGAGCCGAAAAAAGACAGAGGAAGCUGCACCCGCCGUUUUAGCGGCGGCAAAGGAUGAAGAGGAUCGGGAACAACAUUCGUCUAGCUACAGUGAAUCUGUUGAUGGGAAAGAACGUAACAUUUCGAGCAGCCGCGUGGAUCGAGAGAGGGUUGUUGAUUCGAAAGAUCAUAGAGAUCGUGAUCGUGAUCGGGAACGGUACGACUAUGGAAGACAGGACCGUUACGACCGUGAGAAGGACCGAGAUCGCGAUUGGACAAACGAGCGUGAUCGGGAGAGGGACGGAUGGGGGGAUAUGCCAGCAUUCUCGAAAACUUUCCAAUCAAAUUUGCCGCCCCGAUUCCAGAAGCGUAAACUAGAACGCAAUCCCUCCGGGAAUAAUCUGCAAGGAGGGAGAGAUUUUAUCACUAGGGAUUCAAACAGUCGCAACAGUAGUAGCACUGCCAAUCAAACGCCAACGUCUCAGUCGCAGACGCAGUCCGACGGGAAGAAUGUCCCCUUCGCGCAACAGUAUGAUCCCCGGUUCAUUCAUAGCCAGCAAAAUUACGGUAAAAGUCAGUCUUCUGCGCCCCGGAGGAAUAAUGCGAUGGACGAUGCUUCUUCGCGCAGCCGUGAUGUGAGAGAUCGAACCGAUGAGCGGGAUGUGGGGUUGAGAGAUCACGAAAAGGAUCGUGACCGGGAAAUGGUUCCUAGGGAGAUAAUGAAACGCCGCAUCGAUUCGGAGGAAGAUGAUCGUUUCAGCAGUAGCGGAAGGGAUUCUUCCAGCAAGCUGAGUGGUGGACGCACAACGCCACAGUUGAUCCGCAGUAUGUCCAAUACGUCCCAGAGGAAAACUAGUGUGUCCAGCGAUGAUAACAGUCGACAGGUGGAACAACUGCAUAGCAGUUCGAAGGAAAUUAUUGGCUCGUGGGAAAGCGAAGCGGAAAAAGAAGAUCGAAGGCAGGCGGAAGCAGCAGCGGCUCUAGCCAAAGAAAAUCAAAUCCAACAACAGCAACAGCAGCAGCAGCAGCCGCAGCCACAGGGAGAUAAUCGCAAAAUUUCCGAAUCGUCAGUCCUGUCGGAAGGUGAACCGAAGCAAAUUCUACAAAGAAUCAAGGAAAUUUCCCCCGCCCUAGCGGAAGAGCAACACCACAAAGUGGAUGCUGCUAAGCAUGAUGAAUCUAAAACGAGUGCUGUCAAACAGCAGUCUAAAUCAUGGAACGAUUCGGUGGAAGCUUCGGACGAUGCGCAGCAGAAAAUGCUUGAAACGAGCUCGACUUCUUUGGACGAGAAGAAAGACAUGUCUGGAUCGGACAGCGCAAGGAUCGAUGCCAGCGUUGGACGGCUUUCGGAAUCGGAUGGAAAGAUGAAUACUUCUCAGGGUAGUGCGACAAGUGGCAAGGAAUCGAAUGAUAGUAAGUAUGGUUCGAAGAAACCGAUGCAUAUGCGGGGAUCGGGUGGAAGACACCAGCCGUGUGGUGGAACUCACUCCCGGAGCGGAUAUGCUGCUGGGGGUGGAUAUCGCGGGGGUGGUAGCUGGAGCAGACGAGGUGGAGCUCCCCGGAUGGGUCACAAUCGAAACUAUAAUCAAGACUAUUGGAGCGAAUCGGAUUAUUCUGAGGAUGGUGAGGAAGAAUUCAGGAAGGAAGGUAAAUACGAAAGAAAGGAGAGUGGUGGCCAGUAUAGACACACUGGUUCUUCAAUGGGUCAGUCGCAGAGCAUUAAAGAAGGGUUUGCUCCCCGUGGGGAGCCAUCACGAAGGGGUCGUGGUGGUGGAAUGAGUUCCGCUAUCGGUGGCUCCGGAUUCCGUAAAUCGACUGUUGGUAAGAAAAUCGAUGGCUAUGGGCCUCCAAGUUCGAAGAGUCCUUUCGGAAGCAACGAGGAAAAGGGAGAAUCGAAGGUUCAACCAGCUUCGAAAGACAUCAAAAUUGCGGAUCAACAUGCGCCUACCGAAGACCGCACAAAGCAAAAGCAAGCAGUGCUCAGUGCUGGCCUCGCGAACAAGUCUGCGGUUAUUUUGAAGCCCCCUGGUUCACUCCCACAGAGAAGUCCGUCUGGAAACAUGAAACCUCCGGGUAAACCGGCAGAUGAAACUAUUUCCGAGCAGGAGAAAUUGAAGACGGUAGAAAAGUUGAGCCUCGAUAAAAAACCACGACACGAUAGCUGCAAGAGCGAAUCUCAAGAAGAGAAGCACAAGGAAAAACCUAGAGUAGACAGCGAUAGUCACGAUACGGAUGAUCCAAUGAAGGAUGCACAUAAGAGUGGACAGCAUAGAAUUAAACAACAACAGCAAGUUCAGCAACAGCAACAACAUCCAGCCAAAUCUCAACAGCAAACCACAUCUGCACCACCAGCGAAAUCUUCAAUGCCUGUAAAGGCUGUUGUUACGGGUGCUGCGGGUAUUCCAACAGCUGCACCAGCUCAAAAAUUGGCAUCGUCAUCAACUGCGCCAGGAACACAGCUGAAAACUAUUCAAGAUACCCGUAGUCAGCCAAAUAUACGCUCGACCAAUCCAACUCCGCGAUUGGUGAAACCGAAGGAGCAACGCCAACGUGACGCAGGAGUUCAUGAUGUCCAGCAGAACAUUGGAGAAGGAAACGAUCCUGAUGUAAGCCCCGCUAUGAAUUCGCAACCGCCGCAACAGCAGCAGCAGCAGCAAAAUGUAACACAAGACAAGGCAAAUGCGCUGGGUAACAAUUCUGCAAAGACUGACCACAAUAAACAACACUUGGACGGCGCAACGCCUCCAGUGAAUACGAUCAUUUUCGAAAACACGAAUUACAAGUCUUCUUCGGCGGCUGCAGUGGCCACCACAGCCGCGAUGGUACAGCAGCAUCACCACCCACAACAACAACAUCAGCCACAACUUCCUCAUCCACAACAGCAGCAGCAGCAGCAGCAGCAGUGUCCUAUGCAGGUUCAAAUGAAACGACAGCAUUCUGGAGGUCAUCCGGGACCGUUGGGCCCUCUCCAGCAACAGCAACAGCAACAGCAGCAGCAACAACACCACCAACAGCAGCAGCCGCAACCGCCACAGCAAAUGGCGCAGAUUACAAAACAGGAACAUCAAGUAAGACAUCCCUCACAGGAGGAAGUAUUCAAAGCCUCCAGUGGUGUGCCAGUUGCAAUGCAGGAAAUGAUAGAACAACCACAACAGCCUCAGAAGCCCCCAUCGGCUAAUGGCCCGCAACAGCAACAGCAAAUUCCACUCACGACCCAAGGAUCUCUGCAGCAAACAAAUAUUCAGCAACAGCAGCCUUGCACACAAACCGAUGCAAUUGCGAGUGCUCUACAGGGAAUGACGUUCCAAAAAGCUGCCGAAGCCGAUUAUGACAAGGAAAUGAAACCAUAUUCGUUCGAAGCGGAUAUCUCACAGCUCAUUGAUGUUAAAAACAAGACAGCAGGUCUCUGUCUGCCAAAGGCGCAAAUUAUUUCCCCUUCAACUGCGGACCUCAACAUGAAGAUCGCGAGUGUUAAGAAAGUUUGGGAGAUGCCCUCCGUACCGGAACAUGCUUCUGAAGAUGCUAACAGCGCCGCAGCGGCAGCCGCUGCUGCCGCGGUUCAUUUGACGGCUAACUUCACUGCAGUUUCCUCGCAGCAUCAGCAACAUCUCCAUCAGUUCCAACAUUCGCACGUAAACUUGUCCCACAACCACCCGGCCCAUACUCUUGCGGCAGCAACGGCUCAAUCGUAUGCGAGUGGCUUCGGACAGCAGGAGCAGCAAUCACUUGAGCAACACUUCAACAAGUCGGUUAACGAAAGUGUUGUGAUAAGUGGCACCGCAGGCGGAAAUGAUAGUGAUAACAACUAUGGCCAGCAGCAACACGCAAUGGUUGGUCCGGGUAACAACGUUCAACAUCAGGCAAACAACAUGAGUAUGAAACACGCGGCGGAAGUUUUGGCCAACAAUGCGAACGUCUGUAAGGUUAAACCAACGCAGCAGAACAUGCAUCAGUCCGGACUGGGCCUAUCGCCGCCUCCAAUGCAACAAGGUACUAUUCAAUCCGCACCACAAACAUAUUAUCAACCGUCUCAGUACGGAAUGCCUAACAUUCCUUCCCCACCAGCUGUUAUCUACAAUUCGUCGGCAAUGCCCUCACAGGGUGGUUUAUACAAUGCAUUCCAACUCGACGCAGCGGGCCGUUCACAGUUUUCACAAUUCGCCGGUCACUACGGGACCGGGACUGGACCGUACAACGCGUACAUGACUACUCCGCCAAAUCUGCAGACAGCCCCCACUCCAGAUAUGUACCAGAGUCUCACAUCGCAGUUCCGUAUGGGCGGCGCCGUCCAAAAUCCCUACAAUCCGUCGCCCUCGCAGCAGUUGAACAAUCCAAGUACUAUGCUCAUCUCGUCGAGUACCAACUCGUUGAUGUCAUCGUCGGUGAAACCUUCGUCGCAGCAAAUCGGUGCAAUAGGAUCGAAAAGUGGUUCCGUCGGUCAGCCCUACGGGGGCCAAUACAUGGGCAUGUUCCCACCGGCACCACCCAUUCAGAACAACAGUUUCUACUCGAACUCGGCCGGCGGCCAAAGUGCAUUCUUUGGCAAUGCCGGAGCGACUCAAAACUACGGUAUCCAAGCGGCAGCCGCUGGUAUGUUUGGUGGUCAUGGGGCACAGACACCCUCCAGUGCGCCACCACCACAGCAGCAGCUAGCAAACUAUGCUGGCGCGUCGCAAUUCCUGAGCUCGCCACUGCUGGCAGCCAACGCCGCUAUUUCCCAACAGUACAGAGGCGGUCCAACGAACAAUCCUCAAUCGGCGGCCGCAUAUAUGAAAAGCAACCAGCCCCAAUCACACAUGCAGGAUCCCAAUGGUCGACAGUUGAAAAGCCCCUUGAAUACAGAUGGUCUGAAUAAUUUGAAACAGAUUCCACCACAGGCGAGCCCUCCUCACCACAAGGGUUAUGCUACAACAACGUGGGAACUCCAGAACCAGCUGAUGCAGCAGCAGCAGCAACAACAGCAAAGUCAACAACCACCACAACAGGGUCAGCAACAGCCCAAUCAGCAGCAGCAGCACCAACAACAGAUGAAUCAGUCGAUGCAGUCCCAGCAGCAAAACCCCAACCGUAACAUGAUGCCCCCGAACCAGCAACCACCGGCUGGACUUGGUGGAGCUGGAGGAGCCGGGGGUCGUCCCCCGCCCCAGGGAGUACAAGGUGGUGUCAUGCCCCAGCGAUAUCCCUCGCCGAUUCAAAGGCCAACGAAUUACUCACAGCCACCGGUGCCAGGGAUGCACCAGCAGAGGCCAAUCCGUCAGUCGAAUCACAAUCCCGGACAGCAGCAGCAGCAACCGAAUAUGGCACAGGCAAUGGGGAACCCCAACAAGCACUAUUACGGUGGAAAUCGUGGCGGACACGUGAGUACAAUGAACGAUCAAAAUCUCGGUGCUAAACCUGGCGGUGGUAACGAAAAACCUGUACUUGAUGGUGAACUAAAUAAAGACGAUUCGAAGAAAAAGUAAACAUUGAAUUUAAAAACUAAUAAUUCGCAGAGAAGGAAUAUGUUACUUAGAACAUUCUGGCAAAAAAAAAAAUUAAAGUGUAGACGGAAGCUGUAUAACCAUUAGAACAGAAAUUACCGAAUAUAAGUACUGAGUUUUACUUACUAGAUGGUGAGAAGAAAGUAUUCAUUUUACAAUAAUAAUGAGCAGAAAAAUACACGACAGUAAAACGAAGCAAAAUCUGCACAUACAAUUCAACAAACCAUUGUAGUCUAUCUAAAUUAUGUAUUAUUGGUAAACAAACAACAUAAUAUUUAUUAUAAAAAAAUAGCUAAUGAACAUCAUCAGAAAACGAAAAAUCUGUAAACAGAACAACAUUUUUGUUCUCAAGAAAGAUAAACAAAAUGUCACUUUUGUUUCACGAGCAUAAUAAGGUUGCAAAAACUACGAAAUAAAUUGGUACGUUAUGGUUUGACUUGUUUGUGCUGAAAAGAAAAAUAAGCGAUUCUGAAUACAUUUCUUAUCAGUGAAAUGAUUCGGUGUGACUGAACUUCACUAUAAACGAACGAAUGAGUGAACUUUAAAUUUAGUAAAAUAACCUUCAUUCGUGGUUAUCUGUUCAAGCUAUUAUCGACACUAUAAUAUGCACAGAUAGAAACAUACUACCGGAACAUAAUUCUUUUUUUUUCACAUAGCAUAAUGCCAAUAUAAUGCAGAUCACUACACAAUACAAAAGUUUACUCCUUUCGGAAAUGGAAAUGUAGUAAAUGAUAUAAACUGCAUUCACACAACAUUAUACUGCAAGUAUGUAUAAAACAUAACGUUUCAACAAUGGCUACAUCAUCAUAGCAAUGUUACAUGUUGUAAUGCUUCAAAGCGCGCAACUGGCGUUAGAAAUUUUCUAUCGAGAAGGCAAAUGGGGAGAAUCGACAGACGGAUGAACGAAACUAAAAAUGUAUACUGCUGACACGGCAAACGGGAUUCGACGAGAAAAUGACGAUAAAAACUACUAAACUACUGCUACUGUUAUAUGAACCAAAAUUUACGUUCGUACGGCGCAUUUUUCCUUGUUGCAAGAGGCAGAACAACCGGCAAUUGGCGGAAAAUUUUACCCGUCUUACUAUGUUUUGGAGUUUUCUUUUCGGAGCGAAGUUUUUCGCAUGGAUUUAAAUCAAAUCUAUUAUUAAUGUACACCAGCAGAUAAAUAUUCAAUGAUGGUAAAGGAGUGUGUCUACCCAGAAGACUAUUAGCUUAAAAUAAUUAAAAGAGGAGAAUAAUAUGAACUUGAAGAAGAGAAAAAACUCAAGUAAUGAUGCUUCACAGAGCAACUAUAUAAUGAAAGUAAACAAAAACAAUUUUACACGACUACACAUUAGUAUUUCACCUUAUCAAUGAUUAUUCUUAAUAUAUAGUAUAAAAAGGUGGAAUAUAUUCGAGUAUAAUCAUUUGUCGUAAAGCAGUUACGUAUAAUUGAGCGAAUUGGAGAAAGGAUCGUCGGACAGUCUUUGUUCAUCUUUCUAUUAUUAUAAAAUUAAUGGAACAGGUACGCAUAUUAACAGGAAAAAUCUUUACUGAAUAACGUUUAAAGAAAUAAUCCAACGCAAAUCUAUAAUAGCAAUUGAUUGGAGCAAAGAAGAAAAAAAACCUGCUGCAUAAAAGAGAGAAAAUACGUUAAAAAUAAAUAAAACUACGAUCUAAAAUGCUACAAUUAGAGACAGAGGGUUAGAUCAUUGCGGAUUCAAAUUUACAAAAUUAAGCGAAAUGAAUUUAAGUUUAUAUUUAAAGAACAAUGUUUUAUUUAUUUUCUACAUUAAAUAUAAUUCACGAAAAUAGGAACAUAAAACGAUAACUAAGAGGAAAAUUAAAAUGCCCACAAACACACACACAUACCCAUAUACAGAAAACUUGUAUGAACACAUACACAUACACACAACAACUAGACGUUUGAAAUAAUUAGAAUGGCAGGAAAUGUUGGAGAACAGAAAAAAGAACGAGAUGAAACAGCAUAAAAGGGUAGGGACGAAGAAAUAUAAAACUGAAUACAUCCAAGUAUCUAAAACAAUUCAACAACAACAAAAAUCCAAAAAAGAUAUGGAAAAAAUAAAGGUCGAUACUUCAAGAAUCUAGGAAAACACAACA